GUCUUUGGGUUCUUCGGCUGGAUCCAAGGUGUAAGGUCUUUGGGUUUUUUGGCUGGAUCCAAGGUGCAAGGUCUUUGGGUUUUUCGGCUGGAUCCAAGGUGCAAAGUGGGUCUUUGGGUUCUUCGGCUGGAUCCAAGAUACAAGGUCUUUGGGUUCUUCGGCUGGAUCCAAAGUGCAAG